UUAAAGAUAAGAACUCCCCUAAGAAGUUGGCAGUCAACGGUACUCCCAUGUUAGCCAAGCAGAAGAUAAAGAAAAGAAGGGCAAAGACAGGGCUUACUAGCCCGUGGGCAAAACCAAGGAAAAGGCCACCUUCGAUGCCUAAUGUUGUAUUAGAGAAAAGCCCCAAUAUAGCAAUAGCCAUGUGUCCUAUACUACUGAGUGAAGAACUCAGAGGCCUCUGGAAGGAGAGUGACCAAGAUACGCAAGAAGCCAUGCUUAAGAUAGCUAGUAACAUAAAGAGGGAACCAGAUAGGGGAUUAGCACGGACUCGUAGCAAAUGUAGAAUAGGAGCAGGUCAAGCACCAGGAAUAGGCCGAUCAGAAGGGACUCAACCAGAAGUAGCCCCAUUAG